UCCCUAUGGGGUGCCCUAUGGGGCGCCCCAUGGCUGCCUAUGUUUCCCCGCAGGUGGCGGCGCAGCUGAGCCGUCAGUCGUGUUUGGUGCAGCGCCACAAAGGUGUGUUGGACGCCCAUGAGGAUAACUUCGCCAUCGUCUUCGCCGCCAUGGGGGUGAACAUGGAGACGGCGCAGUUCUUCAAGGCGGACUUUGAGCAGAACGGCGCAAUGGGAAACGUCUGCCUCUUCGUCAACCUCGCCAACGACCCCACCAUUGAGCGCAUCGUGACGCCGCGGCUGGCGCUGACGACGGCGGAGUUCCUGGCCUAUCAGUGUGAGAAGCACGUCCUGGUGCUGCUCACCGACAUGAGCUCCUACGCGGAGGCGCUGCGCGAGGUGUCGGCAGCCCGUGAGGAGGUCCCGGGGCGGCGCGGCUUCCCGGGCUAUAUGUACACAGACCUGGCCAGCAUCUAUGAGAGGGCCGGGAGGGUCGGCGGGCGCGGGGGGUCCAUCACACAGAUCCCCAUCCUCACCAUGCCCAAUGAUGACAUCACCCACCCCAUCCCGGACCUCACGGGGUUCAUCACAGAGGGGCAGAUCUACGUGGACCGGCAGCUCCACAACCGCCAGAUAUACCCCCCCAUCAAUGUGCUGCCGUCGCUGUCCCGCCUCAUGAAGUCCGCCAUUGGGGAGGGGAUGACGCGGCGCGACCAUGGAGACCUCAGCAACCAGCUGUACGCCUGCUACGCCAUCGGGAAGGACGUGCAGGCCAUGAAGGCCGUGGUGGGGGAGGAGGCGCUGAGCGCCGACGAUCUGCUCUACCUCGAGUUCCUGCACAAGUUCGAGCGCCACUUCAUCGCUCAGGGGCCCUAUGAGAACCGCAGCGUCUUCGAGUCGCUGGAGCUGGGCUGGCAGCUGCUGCGCACCUUCCCCAGGCAGAUGCUGAAGCGCAUCCCGGACGACGUGUUGGAUGAGUUCUACCCCAGGGAGGGGAGGGCGGGGGGGGGCACCGCGCUCUGAGCCCCCCCAAAAGGGCUGAGUGCAGCCCGGCUGUCCCCCCAUCCCCCCAUGAUGACCCCAUCACCCCAUAAUGACCCCAUCACCCCAUAAUGUCCCCAUCACCCCACAACAUCCCCAUCCCACUGUGGUGUCCCCAUCACCCCACAAUGUCCCCAUCCCACUGUGGUGUCCCCAUUACAAUGAGGUGUCCCCAUCACUCCAUGGUGUCCCCAUCACCCCACAACGUCCCCAUCCCACUGUGGUGUCCCCAUCCUUCUAUGGUGUCCCCAUCACCCCAUAAUGUCCUCAUCACAUAGUGGGGUCCCCAUCCCAUUAAAGUGUCCCCAUCACACUGUGGUGUCCCCAUUAAUCCAUGGUGUCCCCAUCCCCCCAUGGUGUCCCCAUCACCCCACAGUGUCCCCAUCACACUGUGGUGUCCCCAUCAUUUAUGGUGUCCCCAUCCCACUGUGGUGUCCCCAUUACAAUGAGGUGUCCCCAUCCCCCCAUGGUGUUCCCAUCCUUCUAUGGUGUCCCCAUCACCCCAUAAUUUCCCCAUCCCACUGUGGUGUCCCCAUCCUUCCAUGGUGUCCCCAUCCCAUUGGGGUGUCCCCAUCCUCCCACAAUGUCCCCAUCCCAUUAAAGUGUCCCCAUCCC